AUGGUGCAAAAGAAAUCGGUAGAAGAAAGACUGCAGAUUAUCAAAGAGAAGAAGCUGUGCUUUAACUGCCUACGCCCAACUGGAUCAAGCCACACAAGUGCCACYUGUAAACGUCCUGGUUGUUUGAUUGAAGGUUGCAGCAAGAAGCAUCAYGUACUUCUACAUCGUGCCCAAAAGGAAAAUGACGAACAGAAAGCAUCGACGACAAUGAGUGAAAGUCAAGGUUCAUUAUCCAAUCAAGUAAAAGGCCAUUCAGGGCUACUUACUGGCGUCUUUGGAGCUGAUGUCAACAAUCAGAUCAGGUUACUGCCUACAGCGUUAGCAAGACUCCAUUGCAAUGGUAAAGAGCUAAUGGUUCGUGUGCWAGUGGAUAGUGGAAGUGAUCAUUCUUACAUUCGUAGAGAAGUUGCACAAGCACUAAAUUUGCCGUCCAAUGGUCCAUCAAAGUCGAUGACAAUAUCCAUGCACGGAGGACAAACAAGGAAGACGAAAGUUGAGAAYGUUAAUUUUCAGGUAUCACCUAUCCAUGACUUUAAUAAGAAAGUCGAGUUGUCAGCAUGGUCAGUAGAAACAGUUUGUUCACCGCUAGAACCAGUUCAAGUAGACAUGUCAAGGUAUAACCAUCUUGGAGAUCUUGAUUUUGCUGACGAGUAUCCAAGAGGAACGGUAGCAAUUGAUUUGCUGAUAGGUGCUGAUCAAUGGGAUCAAGUCAUGUUGAAUGGAAUCCGAAAGGGUCCUCUACAUACACCAUUUGCCAUGAAUUCCAUAUUUGGAUGGCUGCUGCUAGGAUGUUCCGGAAAGUCUACGAUGCAAGACAUACAGAAUGACAAGUUAGCUACCAACCUAAAUACUGUUGUUUGUAUUAGAGAAGAUGCAGAGAAUGAUGAAGAUUCCUUCAGCCUAAAGAAGUUUUGGGAAUUGGAGUCUAUUGGAAUUAUCGACCAGAAGAAGAAACUAUCUAGUGAAGAAGAUGAAGCACUACAGCAAUUCCAAUCAACCAUUAACUUUAAAGAAAACAGGUAUGAAGUUGGUCUACCGUGGAGAUCGAAUGCUCCAAAGUUGUUGCCGAACUACCAACAAGCUUCAAAACGGUUAACAAGAGUUGAAGAAAUGCUACGCCAAAAUGAGAGAAAGGAAACUAUGUACAAAGAAGCUAUGAAUCAGUACACCAAARAUGGUCAUGCCAGAGAAAUAACAGAGGAGGAUCAACAAGCAAGCAAGAUAUACUAUCUACCUCAUCACCCUGUCUUUCGUGAAGAUAAGACGACUACAAAAUGUCGAGUGGUAUUUGAUGCAUCUGCUAAAAAUCGUCAAGGAAUCUCACUUAAUGACUGUCUUCUACCAGGACCAGCUUUACAGCCCAAUCUGGUGUCAAUCCUGCUUCGUUUCCGGUUGCACAGAAUAGCGAUGWUGGCAGACAUAAGAAAGAUGUUUCUGCAAGUAAAACUAGCAUUAGAGGACCAGAAUGUUCAUCGUUUCCUGUGGAGAGAAAGCCAAGAUGAAAGUCCAAAGACCUACUGCAUGACGAGAGUAACGUUUGGUGUAGUAAGCAGUCCAUUUGAAGCCAUAGCAACUGUACAGCACCAUGCCAAAGCUAACGAAGAUAAGUUUCCAACAGCUGCWAAAGAAGUGGUAAAGAAUAUGUACGUGGAUGAUUACUUAAGUGGAGAAGAAGAUGAAGAUAAAGCAUAUUUCUUGCACAAAGACCUGUAUGAUAUGAUGAAAGYUGGUGGCUUUGAAUUAGUAAAGUGGUAUACUAAUUCCGAAGAACUGAAGGAUCGCAUUUCACCAGAGCUUAGAGGUCCAACUACACUGGUAGAGCUGAAGAAUGAAGCAGAACCCCUAAAAGCCCUUGGCAUAUCUUGGCAUACAAGCAAAGAUAUUUUCCUGUUUAAUCAAGGAGAAAAUCUCAUUCAGGUGAAAGACCAAAUAACAAAGCGAAGUAUCAUCAGCAUAGCAUCGAAGCUGUUUGAUCCAUUAGGAUUUCUCAGUCCUUACACAAUAAGAGCAAAGAUCCUUUUCCAAGAAUUGUGGUUAAAAGGCAUCCAAUGGGAUGAGCCAUUAGAUGAAGCGAUAAGUGAAGAAUGGCAAAAGUGGAAGGACGAACUUGUUGCCUUGAAAGAUAUCCAGAUAACUCGAUGUUUUUAUGCAGAACAAAGUCAGAUAUUGAAGACAGAGCUACAUGGUUUCAGCGACGCAAGUCAAAAGGCCUAUGGAGCUGUAGUGUAUCUCAGAAGCAGAGAUGACAAAGACAACAUCAGAACACAUCUGGUCAUGGCAAAAAGUAAAGUUGCACCAACCAAACGUAUAUCGCUCCCAAGACUGGAGCUAUUAGCUGCAUAUAUUCUGUCUAAGCUGAUCAGGUUUAUCAUGGAGUCAUUAAAUAUGGAAGUUCGAGAUGUGGUGUGUUSGUCUGACAGUAAAGUUGUUCUUGCGUGGAUUUGUCAACCUAGCCACAAGUGGAAAGUUUUUGUAGCUAACCGAGUGCAAGAAAUUCAAGAAAAGGUYCCUCCAGAGAAAUGGCGUUUCUGUCCUGGUCACUUCAAUCCCGCAGACUUACUCACCCGAGGAGAACAUCUUACUAGUCUCAUUGAUAACGAAGUCUGGUGGAAUGGCCCAAAAUGGCUAAAGGAGUCUCAGGAAAAUUGGUCAGAACGAGAAGUACAACUUCCAUGUGCAGGUGCAUUAGAAACAACCCAACAAGACAUGUAUCUUUCRGAAGCAAAAGGAAAGAACGCUGUUGCAUUAACAAGUAAAAAGUUCUAUGAGCUGCAAGAUAGAUAUGAAUCCUGGCAACGGUUAGUUCGAAUCACUGCAUGGUUACUCAAGUGGUCACGUUUAYGUAAGCAACCCAAGAAAGCGCACUUGACUGCACAUGAAAUCAAAGAAGCAGAAAAUUCAUUGCUAAGACAAGUGCAGAGAAACACCUUUGCUGAUGAAAUAAAAGAGCUAAAGCAAGGCAAACAAGCUUCCAAAAGUAGCAGCAUUGUUAAACUAGAUCCUCAACUUGACAAAGAGAAGGAUCUUCUUGUGGUUGGUGGACGUCUACAAUUCGCGCAAAUCCCAGAAGAAAUGAAACAUCAAAUCAUAAUUCCUCAUAAGAACAAAGUGAUCGAAAAGCUAAUAUUACAUGUACAUGCAAAGGCUCAGCAUGCAGGACCAGAAACGACAUUGGCAAUUCUACGCCAGAGAUAUUGGCCUACACAAGGAAGAAGAGAAGUAAAACGAGUUUUGCACAAUUGCUUGAUUUGCAAACAUUGGACAACAAAGCCAGUCCAACAGAAGAUGUCCCCACUUCCUUUGGAAAGAGUUCAAAUAGUUCCACCAUUUACAAAUAUUGGUCUUGAUUUUACUGGUCCUUUGUAUCUGAAAACGGAAGGAAAAGCAAAGUUAAUCAAGGCUUACAUUUGCAUAUUUGUUUGCGAAGAUUCGAGAGCGGUUCAUCUGGAACUCACAAACAACAUGACGACAGAGGAAUUUCUGCAGGCUUUUCGGCGCAUGGCCAAUCGUCGUGGAGUGCCUAAAGUCAUACAUUCAGACAACCAAACAACCUUUCACAAAGCAGCGAAAGUAUUCAAAAUAUYAAAACWGAAGUCCAAGCUUUCUAAAAUUGAUGYUAAAGAGGUGGAAAAGAAACUAGCCAGUGAAAAGGUAACUUGGAAGUUCAUCACGGAAAGAGCAAGUCAUAGAGGAGGUCAUUGGGAAAGAGUCUGUCGUCAGAUUAAAGAACCACUUAGACGAGUUUUAGGAAAGGCGCUGCUAACAUACACAGAAAUGUACACUGUGCUUACAGACAUAGAAGCUAUUAUCAAUUCCAGACCGUUGACUUACAUUGGAGAUGAUAUAAGAGAUGGCAGAAUAAUAACGCCUGCACUGCUCRCUGUUGGUAGAGAUCUUAAUCAAAUUCCAGAUGAGCCUAAUCAAGAGAUCAAAUUGGCAGAUCGUUAUUCUUAUCAGCAGCAGCUUAAGAAUCAUUUUUGGAAUCGCUGGAUUCGUGAAUACCUACCCCGCCUUACUGUUCGCCAAAAAUGGACACRAGAAAUGGUUCCAUUAAAAGAGAAUGAUGUCGUAUUGAUCACAGAUGAUAAUAUACCCAGAGGGCAAUGGAAACUAGGAAAAAUAGAUCAAACUUUUCCUGGAGCUGAUGGUCUAAUUAGAACUCGAGUUAUGGCAUAUAAAAAGUUUGCGUUUUGA